UUUCCCACUCUUCUCAAAGGCUCACCUGUCCACUUUAUCAGCACUGUACCGGACUAGCACAAACUGCCACGCAUCUCAUCACCCACCAGCUGCCCACUUGGUUGGGUACCAGGACAGCUCCGCCCUCGUACUGAGGCCUAUCCCGCCUCGAUUUUUCCAGCCAUCCCUGAUCUAGUGACUGGAUUCACUUAUCAGGCAGACAUACCCUCUUCCCCCGGCAUGGCGAAGAACUCAAUUCCUUCUGUUGCAUGCUGUCAAGAGGCAGACGAAGACGGCAUACUUCUUCCCGGCAGUGAACCUCAUUACGCCCGCUCUACUGCACCCAGCAGUGUUCCUUCUCAAGAAAAGCAAAAACCCAAUACUAGUAGAUCACGAAAAGACUCAUCUCACAGAGACAGAGAAUCCAAGUCGUCUCCUACCUCUCUAUCCGACACCGACAUACCUGAGCCUCGUUCUAUCUCCAGGAGAGAUUCCAAGAUCAAGAUGAAGGAAGAAAAGAAACGCUCCAUGAGCACUAAACAACAACGACCUCCAAAUCGUUCUCGCAACACGCUUCCGCCGCCGUCUUCUCGAAUUUCCGAUGAGUCGGCUUACUACGGAGUCAGGCCACAGUCAAUCGUCGCACCCGCAUCUUCUUCUAGGCCUCGUGCUCGCACUAGACCAGAGUCUUAUUACGGACAGCGUCCACCUAUGGCGACGUCUGCUUAUGCCCAUCAACCGCCGCCGCACCCUUCGCAUCACCCUUCCCCGUCCUUUCCACCUCCACCAUGGAUGGCUGGCCCUCCUCCUCCUCCGAUGGCGCAUGCGCUUGUUCACCAACCUAUGCCAUACCCGGAAAUGAACCACCCUGGUAGGGACUUGGCUUCCCGAUUCCGACGACCACAGUCGGCAAUGGGGUACAAUCCACCACCACCACCACCACCGAAGCCCCUUGAAUAUGAGCCAACGAAAGAGAAGGCCCUCACUCGGAGGGCUUCGAGGAAGGCUAGUAAGGACCACGAGGACUCCAGAAGAAUGCCACCACCUCCUGGACGACCGGCUUCUACACAACCGAACCGCCUAGUGUUCCGCCCGCCGGCACCUGCACACGUUGCUACAAGAAGGAAGUCUGUGGGGUUUGAGGAGGAUGAUCUAGAUGACGAGCCCACCGCGUACAAGACCGUAGCGCGCCGUGAAGUGGAGUACGGCUCCGGCGCCCUUCCAACUCGACCAAGGCCUCAGAGUUUCGAUGCCGAAUCCGUCUUCGACGUUGGUCCUUCUUACGAAAUGGAGCCAAUACCACGCGGUCGACGAAACUCGUACUACAAUCUAGAGGAUAAGGUGCGCGAUGCUUCCCGGUACCAGGAAGACGUCAGUGGCGGGACCGCCCCUCCGUUGACGGCUGAAGCUCUCCGGCGUGUGAAAAAUGGAGGCAGCAGCCGUUCAACUCGCAGCACUGCUAGCCGUGACGAGAGCGAUUACAAGCAGUCGGCUACAACUCGGACUACGAGAUCUAGCGACGGGGAUGACGAUAUUACUAUUAAGCUUCCUGUGGGCGCUGUCAUUGAAGUUGGAAACACCAAGAUCCAUUGUAAGGAUGGUGGCAAUAUGAACAUUGGUCGUAAUAGCAACAAUAACAACAAUGGAGCUUCUCGCGCGGGCGGUAGCGACCAAGCUGUAUCGACCUACAGUGACGAACGACAACAUGGUGAUGACCGGAAGAGCCGGGCUGAUCGGCCGGUAGCGCGAACCCGGGCCACCUCGCAAGCCGGAUCAUUCUCACGGACACGCCAGCAGCCGCCGGCACCACCUAUGUACGCUCCGUCCUAUGUUCACUACGACGACGAUGAAUACGAUGAACCACGGUACGCGCCUUAUAUGCAUUACCGCGAGGACGAUUACGAUGAUGAAGAUGAUGAUGACGACGAUGGUGCAUCGCACUAUUAUUAAUGAACGAUUUCUACUCUUGAUUCAAUUUAUUGGACGACAACAAUCUCGGCUACUUGCUACCAUUUAUAUUUGGUCAUCUUAGCAUAUUAUGUCAUCUCGGAUUCUUUGGUCCGUCUAUAUCUUAGCGUUACGAACGGCUUUGAUGGUCACAGGGUUCGUUAACGCAAG